UGAGGUGAAGCAGCAGGGGGAUGUGAGAGCUGCAGCUGCACAGACACACAAGCGGGGCAGAGAGCACAGCAGGGGGGAUUGCAGCAGAGGAAAGGAGAAAGGGGGGGAAAAAAAAUAAAAACACCCCACCCAACAUUUUCAUGGAGAGCAAAAAUCCCAUGCAAGCUGGGGAGGAUCAGGACUCCUUUGAGCUGAGACCCUUGCAUCAAAAUGCUGAUAGUUGAAAAGACAACUGACUACCCUUCCGCUGAAUACUCUCUGGUGGAGGAUGUAGCCCUCCACUUCACGUGUUUGAUGGACAGACUGAACGAGCAGCGCCUGUUUCAGCCGGACCUGUGCGACGUGGACAUCGUCCUAGUUCAGCAGAAGAGCAUCUUCCCCGCCCACAAGGGGGUCCUUGCCGCGUACAGCCAGUUCUUCCACUCUCUCUUCACCCAGAACAAGCAGCUGCAGCGGGUAGAGCUCUCCCUGGAGGCCUUGACUUCCCAAGGCCUCCAGCAGAUCCUCAACUUCAUCUACACCUCCAAGCUGCUGGUGAACGCCUGCAAUGUGCAGGACGUCCUGAACGCCGCCGCCGUGCUGCAGAUGAACAACAUCGCCUCCUCCUGCCAGGAGCUCAUCAACACCAGAUCCCUCAGCCUGGCCAUGGCCAGCGACAUGGCCCUGCCCCCCGACGCCUGUGGCAACUCUGUCCCCCCGCAGUACUACUGUGAGAUUAAGCAAGAGGUGGACUCUCUGCACCCCAAGAUCUACGCCCGGGAAGGAAACGAUCCCUACUCGGUGCGAGUAGAGGACAGAAUGGGUGGAGACGGCAACCAGCACCUCCCGGCUGUGGCUGCCAAGCAGUAUUACAAGGAGGAGAAGGACAGUGGCCUGGCCACCAUGUGUAAGAUGGAGGGCGGGGAGUCUGAGGAGGAUCUGGACAGCCAGAGCUCUUAUAACCGGGAGCAGAUCAUUGUGGAAGUGAACCUCAACAACCAAACCCUCAAUGUGUCCAAGGGGACGGAAGGGAAGCCCACCGCCAACGAAGCUGCCGCCGUGAUCAGCCGACCGGACGGGGAUGGACGUGACACCGAGGAGGAAGGGGAGGAGGAAAACGAGGAAGCGGGGGAGGAGGAGGAGGACGCUGAGGUGGGGGAGGAGGAAGAGGAGGAGCACAGCGAAGAGGAAGACCUGGAGGAGACCACCGAGGAGGAGGAGGAAGAGGAAGACGACGAAGAGGCGUCCGAAGUGAAAAGGGAAAAAUCUGGGCAGCCCCGCAGGGGGAGCAGGUCGUCCAAGGCCACCAAGUCCACCAUGUCCACCAGGUCCCAGGAUCUGGCCAAGGUGGUGGAGGAAGAGGAGGGCCAGCGUGGGAGGAAGAGGAAAAAGGAGCAGGAUGGGCUGGGCCCGAAAGUCAAGCUGGAAGAGAAGCAGCACUACCCCUGCAAGAAAUGCCCCCGCGUCUUCAACAACCGCUGGUACUUGGAGAAGCACAUGAACGUCACCCACAGCCGCAUGCAGAUCUGCGACAAGUGCGGCAAGCGCUUCCUGCUGGAGAGCGAGCUCCUGUUGCACCAUCAGACGGACUGCGAGAAGAACAUCCAGUGUGUGACGUGCGGGAAAGCGUUUAAGAAACUUUGGUCUCUGCACGAACACAAUAAAAUUGUCCAUGGCUACGCGGAGAAGAAGUUCUCCUGUGAAAUCUGCGAGAAGAAAUUCUACACCAUGGCACAUGUGCGGAAACACAUGGUUGCUCACACCAAGGAUAUGCCGUUCACAUGUGAGACGUGUGGGAAGUCGUUCAAACGCAGCAUGUCCCUGAAAGUCCAUUCUCUUCAGCACUCCGGGGAAAAGCCUUUUAAAUGUGAGAACUGCAACGAGCGAUUCCAGUACAAGUACCAGCUGCGCUCUCACAUGAGCAUCCACAUCGGACACAAGCAGUUCAUGUGCCAGUGGUGCGGGAAGGACUUCAACAUGAAACAGUAUUUCGAUGAGCACAUGAAAACGCACACGGGUGAGAAGCCCUACAUCUGCGAGAUCUGCGGCAAGAGCUUCACCAGCCGCCCCAACAUGAAGCGCCACCGCCGGACCCACACGGGAGAAAAGCCCUACCCCUGCGACGUGUGCGGCCAGCGUUUCCGCUUCUCCAACAUGCUCAAGGCCCACAAAGAGAAGUGCUUCCGGGUCAGCAACCCCCUGGCUUCGGACACCACCAACCCCGCCAACAACGGCGGCGGCCUCUCCGCUCCCCAGGGUGCCCCCUCGCCUCACUCACUCACUUUGCCGCUGCUCCACCCCCUCCCCCCUCCUCCUCACCUACCGCCACCGCCUCCCCUGUUCCCAGCUGGGCGGGUCAAUUCGAACAACUAGGCCAGCGUGCGCACGGACUGCUCUGCCACGCAGGGAGUGCCCAGUGGGCUGCUCGGUCGCGUGACGCGGGGAGAAGGAGGGAGGCGGUUAAUUCUCUCUCUUUCGAUUUUUUACCCUCCCUUGGUUUUAUGAUGAGCCCGUCAGCCUUCCGGCAAAAGGAGAGGUGCUCUGGGCCACAGCAAGCUCCCAGGCAGCUUGGCGUGCCGGCGUUCAAUCAGGGUGUAGACAAACGGCUCUUCCUUCCCUCCUCGUUCCAUGGCUUUAGCGUUUCCCAAGCCCCGGUCAGACUCCUCCUCCCGCCUCACUAGGCAUUGUUGCUGAGAUGGUUUACCUCUGCCCCCUAGUCCGCUAUUGUAUCGGGGUAACCCUUGCCACAAUGUCUUCCCACUUGCACGUGUUCCUCCAUGUUCCGUGCGAGUACGUUAGACUAAUGAAGUGCACAGCUCAUGCUCAGCCCCAUCGAGCCAUUUCCACUAGUUCCUCACGGCAGCACUAAGGGGGUUUUUAGGUGUUUUUGUCUCAUGAGGCAGCACUUUUAGCUUUGCCUGUGGCUAUUAGUCAGGAACUUGUCCACGAUGCAUCCUGUGCAAAAUGUUUAAUCAGGGUUGCGCCCCUCUUUAGUAUGCCACUGAAACCACCUGAAAAGACUACAUGUCCCAGCAUGCAGUGCUGUUCCGAAUGGCUUUCUGCUGGGCGAAGGAAGGAACAUAGCAUGCUGGGAGCUGUAGUCUUUGCAGGCUGUGGUAAAGAUAAGGGUUGCCACAUGGCACACUUUGGGUCUGUGCUGCUGUCAGAGGUGUCACUGCGGCACCUGUAGACGUACCUGAGCUAGCUAGCUUGAAGAACAUUUGCACUGAAACUGCAGCGGCAUGUGCCAUGCACACCCAUCCAGGGUCCUGGCUAUGUACUUGAACAGCUAGUCUGUACUGCCGUAGCCUCACUGCUGUUGUUAUUUGAGCUAGCUAGAUCAAAGCUAGCCUUUGGCAUGUCUACAUGUGCUGCCAUCACACCCCUCUGAUUGCAGCAUAGACCAACCCUUUGGUAACCCUGCUCUAGCCACCAUAAUGGGUGUUUCAGCCCAAAUCAUCAUUCUCUGGGAAAACUGCACAGGACAUGGGCACACAGAGAUGCAAAGAUGCACGAGAGCUAGAAUCCCUGUGAGGUUGGCCCGGGGGCUAUUUCACACAGUGAGUCAGCCGCAGGAACAGUCACAAGGAAAGGCAGAGAUGCUAUGUUAUUCUGUGCAUGGUGGAGGGGGAUUUCUAAGUGACACAGGCUACGAAAACAAAGGAUGGUAAUAUUUCAUGGCAGCUACACAGAUUAGAGGUAGUGGCUGUUAUAUGUAAUCUAGCAUAUUUGUGCUUGAGCCCGUCCCUCGUCCUGAAAGGCUAGUACUGCAGGAAAGAUCUUUCAAUGAGUUCACCACUUCAUCACAGGAAUCCCCUGGUCAUGGCUGAAAUCCAAGCCAGGUUAGGGAGGAUGAGACGUUACCACUAUCUGGCAUCUCCAGUGGCCCACAUGACAUAGAAUCAUAGAAUAUCAGGGUUGGAAGGGACCUCAGGAGGUCAUCUAGUCCAACCCCCUGCUCAAAACAGGACCAAUCCCCAACUAAGUUAUGAGUUAGGGGGCUGUGUAUUAGUGGAGAGAGGCCCACUUCUCAAAACCCACCAUCACAGCCUGCUCUUGUUAGCAGCCCUUGUUAUGUCUUCCUUCCCAACCGGGAUUCCACACCCCGCCCCCCCACUUCCUCUGCAAUUUGUUAGACUAAAGCCCCAACUCAGACAGCUGGGUUUAAUGAAAGGAUUCACUAGCUUGAUAUGAUUUUUUCCCCAAAGGGGCUAAGACCCAUGAUAAUCCCAGCUCCGAUGCUAGAAAUGAGCCCCAUGUUUCUAGGAAGUGGGCUGGAGCUGUGUGUGGGCUCUGUUGGUGGAGCUGGAGCAUUCCCGUGGUGAGCUCUCCGUUGGUCUUUAGACUAAAAAGCAGGUUGGAAAGUCGUUCCACUCCAGCCUGAACGGCGCAGCAGGAUCUAGAAAAUAAAUAAAUUAAAAUAAAUAAAAUAAAAUAAAAUCUAGUCCUAGGUUGGACUUCCCUGGAAGUUACUUGUCAUAAUAGUGCCUUACAGUUAUUGAAAGUAAGCUCCCCAGUGUGUGCUCGGGAGUCUGGUUAGCGUGAAGUCUGCACGCCAGCUCUGAUAACCUGCCUGUAGUACCAAGGAAGAGCAGUGGUUCGUCUCCUUUUCCUCCUUUCAAGUCUCAUGUCCCCUAGCCCCAGUACUUUACUCUCCUUUAGGAGUCCAGUUUUGCCUUCAGUCACAGCACAGCGAGCCUUUGUACAGAGGGAGUGCAUUUGAGGGCUUUAGCAUGGAGUUGGCUACUAGAAUUCAGUGGCCCUCUAGCCAGAGGCUGCCUUAUUGGUGAAGGGGCCUGGCAAGAAGGACAAGCACUUUAUAAAAUGUUGCAAGCCCAUGUGAGCUUCAGGUCCGGCAAAUUUAACUCCCUCGCCUGGCUCCGUGAUACUGCUUGACUGAUGUGGGAUUGUGCCACGUUACUUAGGGUACUAUUUCAGACUAGGGAAGCCUUUUAGCAUUGGCCUCUCGGGGGGAUAGCUCAGAUCACUGAAGUGCAGCAGAACAGUACCCAUCCCGGCCUCUGCUGGCUCUGUCUGAAGCGGCAUCAUGUCGGUGGGCUUUUCUGUCUCUUACACUGACAACUCUCAUCUUGCAUUUCACUUAUUAAGGUCCGUUUCACACUAGUGGAGUACAGCUUAUAACCCUGAUGUCAUGUGGCUGGCACGUGCCAUGGUCAGGGAAUGGCAGCUCAUUUAGGCCCUGUCUAGAAUGGCUUUUUUGUUACCUCCCAUGGCCUAAAAUGGGGCUUGCACUUAUGUGACUUACCCUAGGAAAAGCCCCAUUUUGCAGCAGUGCGGUGCCUGUACUUUAGAAGGUUGCAACGGUGUAACCACACUGAUGUAAUUACCCUAGUCUAGAGGCUUUCCCUAGUCCAAACAAGCCCUCAAGGCUAGAUCCUGCAAUACUCUAAGCACCUCCUAGGAGGCACCUUCAACUCCCAUUGGUGUGUGUUGGGGGGUGUUUUGCACUGCUCUAAGAGCUGCUCAGCACCUUGCAGAGUGGCAGAAGGCAGUGCUGACUGAGGUCAUUUUAUUGCCCCUUAUGUAUCUCCUUCUGGUCCCGAUGUGUGGUGGAGCAGGAUCUAGGAGAAAAGGCUAUACUGAAAUACAUUGGCCAGAUUCAUAGUUGGCAAUGCGAGCACUGCCACUGGGAUAUGAAAAAGGGAAGCAGGAGGGAGAAGACACACAUAGUCAGCUGAAGAAGCCCUUUCUCAUUAGCAAUUUGUUCUGUUGGCUUUAUAGCUUCAGUCGAGACACCUACAUGCGUGGAGAUUCUGAGCCGCGGCUGGCUAAGGCAGAAGCUGCAACGGCGUGUCUUAAUAGCCCCAACUCAUCAAAGCAUUUAACACAUGCAGGCAGCCAUCUUUAUUUAACUGUCAUGUGUUUAAGCCUCAUUGAAGUCAACGGGAUUUAACCAUGUGCUUAAAGUUAAGCGUGAGCUUAAGUGCAUUGCUGACUAGGGCUAGACUGCUGACUUGUGACUUUAAUGACUGAUCCACUUCACUCCGGCUUGGCACACCAAGUGCACGUCCAGUGCUGCCCCCCACAUCUGGCACCUCCUCGUUAGCGCACCAGCUGGCAUUGAAAGGCACAUCGCUUUUCACAUCCAUUGACCCCUUCUCUCGCCUGUGUCAGCCGCAGCCUCUAUACUGCAAUCAGUUAACGUCGUGUAUUGCAGAUUCUGUGCUCGCAAACAGUCUGGUUCUGCUUCAUGCGAAGUGAGGCGGCUGCUGAAUGGGCUGCCGGUAUGGCUGUGAGCACCUCAGAUCAGUGGCAGAUAUCCCAUGGGACAGGAUGUCCUACUCAGCUGCUUCCACAGGUCCAGCAUCCUGCGUGUUAUUAGGACUGUCCAGCAUCUUUUAGAUAUCACAUGUGUCUGCAAGGAGACCAGAUGUCUCAAGAGCUUGGCAAUGAGCUAGAGACCCUCAGGCCCUAGAGACCCUCAUUUAUGUCACUGGUGUGAACCCAACCCAAGUUGGUCGUGACUGGAAGGUCUUACCCUCUGAGGAUGGCCGGCCGAAGGCCUGUGCCAUGGGGGGUUUGAUGGUCUCAUCCCAUGUCAUUAAAAGCCACCUCCAUCAUUGUCCCUCUUGCCUAGCCCUUGCGGGCAGACUCUACAGAGGUCAUGGAAAGAAAGGGCCAUGCACACCGAUUUCCCCUGCCACUCCUACUCUUCCAAAUCAGGGUUGAGGUAGGCUAGCAGGGCGCCGUGAGGAUAGGUAGCACUGCCCGUAAUGGGGCUGUUCCAUGGCCAGAAAAUGUCAACCUCCAGGGCUGAGAAACUGGUCCCUUUCCCCAGCACUGAAUCUACUCCCACAAACGCGCACUUCCCAAAAGGGAAAGUCAUUGAUUGCCUAGAAUCCAAUUGGAAUCGCUCACUUCUCCCCCAGCCUGCUGCAGUUUCUCAGUGUGCCUGUCUCAGGGGCCUGUUCUUCCUCACAGACUGGGGUAAAUCCAGUGGGAUGCCUUCUGUGUACGCAAAACGUGCAUUGCAUGCACAACCGGCUGGGCACAACCCCCUGGAGGACCCCAUUCUGUAGAACAAAAUGGCAUCCUCCGUCCAGCCUGCCCUCGCAUGCGCCGCACAUGCAAGGUCACGGCGCAUGGAGGACACUAUUUUGGAUUGCCUAAGAUGUGCAGGUGAGUUGUUGCGUGUCUUACUAAAGCUGCCACAGCGCGCCACAAGGGGACCUGGCCGUGACCCCACUAAAGCCAGCGUUAAACAGGUGUAAGCGGGAGGAGAAUCCAGCCACUUGGUGAUACGGGCAGACACAGGUGCAUAAAGAACCCAUCCACGCCUGUUUGCCCAUUUGGAUUCAUUUUAAAAUGUUGCCCAGAGAGCAGCCUGGAGACAGCAGAGCAGCGCAUGCACAGAUCCCUGGGGCUCCAAGGCCAGGAUGGAGAGACACCUCCAGGACUCCUGCGCCAUCUCUGAACCCUUUUGUCUACACCCUUAUUGAGUCUAAAUGUGUUGAUUUGGGUAUUUUUGUGACCGUACCAAGAGCUGAAGCGAAUGGCUCCAGAAGCGUAUUGGCCCAUGUUCGUCCCUGGUAGAACUCCUACAAAGCCUCUUGAGUUCGACCAGGGGAGAAAUUCAGCCUGUUGUUUUCAAUCUUUUUAUUAUUUGAAUUCUUGCACCUUAACCCCUCGCAUCCCUCCUUCAAUGCGCCACGAGUCUGAGAGGGGCUUCAUUUCCACUAGCAGUUAAUGAACGUUCAGCAAACAACUCUGCACACACACACCUGCCCACUCCCCCAGCCUCAUUUUCUUGGGUUGAACCUGCAGGGAGGGGGCGGUGGUGGGGAUGGUCUUUGUUUUCAAUUUCCCAGGAACCUGGUAGCCCAGACCGGUUUGCCUCAUAGUGUUCAUAAAGCAGGGCUGGCCCCCUGGCCGACAGCCAUAAUGAGAACGCAGCCAGAGGGGUGACAGACUGAGGUGGCUGUGACGCAGUGCAAUAGCAAAUUGGCAUCAGCUGCUGGACAACCUUGAUUUUUAACUCUUUCCAGACAGACACCUUUGGUCCACAUGGAUGGAAGCAGCUUUCCACCACAGCCCUGCCUAGAGACACAUCAUCCAUGAAGGGAAGGGGUGGGUAGAACCUAAUAAAAGAACAACCUCAGUAGCAUGGAACUUGAAGGAAACAAACUAACAGAAAAAGAAACACAAGCACUUCACUUGCCUCAAACUAGUUUCUAAUGCCUGACGUUUGGCUGUGUAUUAUUUUAUGGCAUUCAGUAUCUGUUGCCCAAACAUGCCAAGUAAAGAGUGUAUCGGUGGCUCUACUAGUUGUGAACAAAAUAAAUGAAGCACUUUAUUCUGUGUAGAUACGGGGAAGGGGGUCGGGGGAGUUCAGAUGCUUUCCAAAAGCAUCUUAAGUAAUGUUCUAGGAAAUGUAUUAUUACUACAUUUUUUUUUAAUGACCAUGUGUAAUCAAUAUA